AUGUCAUCCCCCCCAAUAAUUGAACAACAAGAGAAAUGUUUAGAUUUAUUAAAAGAAUUUAAAAAAGGAAUAGAUCAACAAGUUAACAAUUUUUUAAACAAUAAUAACAAUUAUGACAAUGAUAAACAGAAUUUAUUCGAAUUACUAUUUAAACUAAGAGAUACACAAGGGAAUUUAGAAUUAAUGGUCGACGAUGUAUAUUUAAAGCCAAUUAGGGAAAUUAAAGAUAAUGUUAGCAAAUAUGAUAUUCAAAUCGAGGAUAUAUUAUAUGAAAAGUCAAUGUUGGAAUCUGAAAUAAAUGACCUUCAAAAUUUAAAUUUCGAUUUAAACGAUCCCAAGUUAGGAAUUUCCUCGCUUUCAAAUUUUUUAAAAGAUAAAACUCCACAACAAAUUGAACAAUUUAAUAGCAAACCAAUAGAAAUUCAAAAUGUAGAAAGAUUAGAAUGGGAAAUAUAUCAACGAAAAUUAAAAUCAAAUAAAUUAGAAAAGUUAGAAAAACUAAAAAUAAAACUAAAUCAAGAGAAUCAAAGAGUUUUAGGGGAUUUAGAGUUUUUUGAAAAUAAAUUAAAAUCAGGUUUGGAUAUAAAGAAAUCUAUAGAACCCUUUCAAAAAUUUAUUACAGAAUUACCAACAAAGAAUCCAAUAGAUCAUAGAAAUACACCAAUACUUGUCGAUGCCCCACAACCAAUUUAUAUUUUAUAUCACGAGCUAGCCUACUUUAAAGAAUUCUUUUUAUAUGAUAGUUUUGAUAUUGAAUUAUUAAUAAUGGAUAAAGAAAAACAAGACUCUAUAAAUUCAAAUUUAGUUCAUCGUUCCUUAAUAUUACCAAGUAAAAUAUAUAUUUCGUUGGAUAUAAAAAAAAAUUCAAAUAAUUUCAAAAUAGAGUUUUAUUAUUAUCCAAAUUUAAAAAUUGUAACAGUAUUACCAUUAUUAAAUGAUAGCUUUGAAAAUGGCCAGAAACUAUUAGAAAAUUUAGAUAAAACAGACACUGGUUUAAUAACUCCAAAUCUUUCAAAUAACUUUAUAUCUAAAAAUUAUGGAAAAGAUUCAUUUAAUUUGGACGAUUUAAAACUAUACGGAAGACCUUACAAAUGGGCACAAUUUAUUACAGGCUUAUCAUUUUUACCAGAAAUAACACAAGAAAAUAUGAAAGAUAAAAACUUUCAUAUCCACGAUUUCAAACCUAAAACAUCACAUAAAAUUUUAUUUGACAUAAUAAAUUCACUAUAA